UUUGGACAGCCCAGCUCCUUCCCAGCAUGCCCCGCUCUCUGGAGCCGCCCGAGAGUCCCGCGCCCGGACUUUGCCAUCAGCGGGGGGCCGGCCCCCGGGAGCACCCGGGAAUGCGUCCUGCAGCCGCAGCCUGAGCCAGGUUUGCUCUGCCCUUGUGUCUUUCAAGCUUCAGCCCAUGCCGGCGAUGUGACCAGGACUGAGGGAGCCAGCGGAAACAUGGAGACCGUGGUGAUUGUUGCCAUAGGCGUACUAGCCACUAUCUUUCUGGCCUCGUUUGCAGCCUUGGUGGUGGUUUGCAGGCAGCGCUACUGCCGGCCUCGAGACCUGCUGCAGCGCUAUGAUUCCAAACCCAUUGUGGACCUCAUCGGUGCCAUGGAGACCCAGUCUGAGCCCUCUGAGUUAGAACUGGACGAUGUUGUCAUCACCAACCCCCACAUCGAGGCCAUUUUGGAGAAUGAAGACUGGAUUGAAGAUGCCUCGGGUCUCAUGUCCCACUGCAUUGCCAUCUUGAAGAUCUGUCACACUCUGACAGAAAAACUUGUUGCCAUGACAAUGGGCUCAGGGGCCAAGAUGAAGACAUCAGCCAGUGUCAGUGACAUCAUCGUGGUGGCCAAGCGGAUCAGCCCCAGAGUGGACGAUGUCGUGAAAUCGAUGUACCCUCCGCUGGACCCGAAACUCCUGGAUGCACGGACAACUGCCCUGCUCCUCUCUGUCAGUCAUCUGGUGCUGGUGACCAGGAAUGCCUGCCACCUGACUGGGGGCCUGGAUUGGAUUGACCAGUCCCUGUCAGCUGCUGAGGAGCACUUGGAAGUCCUUCGAGAAGCAGCCCUGGCUUCCGAGCCGGAUAAAGGCCUCCCAGGCCCUGAAGGUUUCCUGCAGGAGCAGUCGGCCAUCUAGUGCCUGCUGACUAGCAGCUGACCACACUAGGCCAGCCUGCCAUUGUCUCUGGGCGGUUCAGCUGAGCCUUCCACCUUUUCCUGUAGUUAGUUGUUCUCCACGGUUUGGGAGUCCAGCUGUCUGUGCAUACAGGGAUGACCCCUGUCUGUUGAUGCCUCUGUUGCAGUUACAAAUGGUGGCUGGUGAGUGGCAGUCUAAUACCACCAUUAGAGGAGAUGGCAUUCACCCAUCUGUGCAGCAGACCUUUGCCAACGGGUAGACUGUAAGCUUUAUUUAGCUCAUCUCAUGCUUUCAAGAAAAUUGAGCCACCAUCUAAGAAGCAGGAGGUUUUACAUUACAAUCAGAAUUUCUGGCUUCCCUGAAACAAUCGGAAGGUGAGGCGGCUCUGAUCUGCAUUUUCAAAAGAAGACAAUCCAUUGGAACUAAGUAGGAGUUGCCUCCUUUGACAAGACUUGUACUCUCUCAGCUGUCCUGUUUCAUUUAUUUGUAUUAUCUGUCUGGUCCCUGAGGUAUCUGAAUACCCCCUCCUCCCCUUCACAGGUAUGGGUUUGAAGGUGAGCACCGCAGAGUUUAUUAUUCCCUUUUUAUCACUAUGCCUGCAAUUUUACCUAGCUACCACUAGGGGGAAAGUAAACAUAUAGGUAUGUUUCUCUCAA